UAAAAAAAAGCAGGAGAGAAAAAACCGCAAGCACUUCUUCUCUCUCACCCUCCUUUUAUAUAACCUUAGUCACCAUUGCCGUUGACAAACCAAGCUCUCUCUCUCUCUCUCUCUUGUUUCUAUGGAAGCUCUUAGCUUUAUGAAGUUUUGGCGACCAAACGGAAGGGCCCGCCGGGAAAUCAAAAUACCCGACGUAGUCAAUGGUUUCUCCGCCGCAUUUGACGACCCAAAAGUGGAAAUCGCCGAAGGAGACGACUCUUUGUUCGAGCUUGAGCUCUCUCUCUUCGAUUUCUAUCUCAAUGACAAGAAAACCCUGAAAGAGUCCACAAACCCAGACAGAAUAGAGACGAAGACGACGCCGUGUUCUGUCUCUUCGACCGACCAUUUCUCCAAGAACAAAGUCAUCCCCGUCGAGAUCGGCCCGAAACCACAUUCUCCGAUUGCCCUCUUGAAAUCGAGUCCUAAGUUCCGAGCUUUCUCCUUCAAGAAGCCGAAAUCCGUCGAAUCGGAAAAGUCAACGCCGGAGAAGAAAGAGAGCGGCAAGAGCCUCGAUGCCAACGAGACGAGCUUCAGGAAAACAACACGCAUUGCGAGACCACGUCACGGAGACGACACGGUGUCGAGGAGAAUCCUCAGCAUGAUAAAGCCGUUGUACGGAAUGACGGCGAAGAGACAGGGCACGAAGGAGAACGGUGUCGAAGUGGCGCCGUCUCCGGCGAUGGAGAAACAGAGGAGCAAUGCCGCGGCGGGGAUUCGAACCGUCCGGCGACAUCUGGGGAAGAGCCGGUCGGCGUCUACGGCUGUCGGAGCGAUGUCGCCGGCGAACAGGGUCGACGAGUCAUUGCAAAUCCAACAAGAUUGGAUCCAAGGCGCCAUUCUUCAUUGCAAGAAGUCCUUUCACGGUUCAAGAGAAUCUUCACAGUUACUGCGAUCCACGAGUGAUCCUCCUUCGCAAGAGAAAUUGAGUUCGUCGUCUUCUGAAGAUUCGUACAUAUUUUCAAGAACUGCAAGCGAUUCCAUGUCGGAGAAAUCAAUCGAUAGCCAGACAAUCAAUGUCCCUUGAAGAAUCACUGUUUCUUGUUUCGUAAUAUUAGGUUGUGUAAAUUAAUCGAUACAUACAUAUAUACAUAUAUAAACACAUAUUUUUCCUU